AUGGCUGGUCUACCGCAUAACAAGAUGGCCAUGGACCCGGCCCUGGUCCGGAUCGGGAACCUGUCUUCGAACCGAUACAAGUACUUCAGGUGGACGAAGCGGACUGCCACCGUCUCGUUCGUUUUCGUGAUCGCAAUCCCGGGGAUUCUCGGGUACCUGGGCUACAAGAACGAUGGACUAUGGGAUCUCCGGGGGAAGCGGAGGGGCGACACUAUCAGUGAACGCUAA